AUGGCAGACGAGAGUGAUAAUAGAGUUUUACCAAACAUUGAAUUAGAGGAUAGACUAGUAUCAAAGAAUGAUAUGGAAAUGGUUCAAUGUUGUAUAUGUCUAGGCAUUUUACAAAACUCUAGACAAUGUAAAUCUGGACAUUUAUUUUGUUUGGAUUGUAUUAAACCUAUAGCAUUGGGUGUUAAUCGUGGUAAAAGAAGUUGCCCUCAAUGUAGAAUUGAAAUCAACCUUGAUCAAUUAAAUUGUAGUUUACUUGCUGAAAACAUGACCAAAGAUUUAAAAAUUUAUUGUAUUAAUCAUUUUCAUAAAGAGAAUAUUUUGGUUGGAGAAUUAUUAUGUGAUGAAAUUAUAAAGAUUGGUGAUUUGGAAAGUGAUAUUCAUCAAUUAUCAUGUAAAUUUAAUCGAUAUAAAUGUCCAAAUGGUGGAUGUGAUCACACCUUUUUAAAACCAGAGCUGGAAGAUCAUUUAGAGGAAUGCAAAUUCAGAAUUGUUAGUUGUCAAUAUUGUCAACAAGAAUUUAAACUAUCAAAUAUGGUUUUCCACGAGCAAUUUUGGUGUCCUGAAAUGAAUGAACAGUGUCAAUAUGGAUGUAGACAAACAUAUAUUAGAAAAAAGAAAGAAGAUCAUCUUGCUGAAUGUCCAAAUCAAAAGGUUGAAUGUCCAUUUGGAAAGGCUCAAUGUAGUUUUAUUGGUAUGAGAAAAGAUAUGAAUGAUCAUAUUAACGAAUCAAUUUCAACUCACAUCUCUGGAAUGAAUCAAUCUUUUAAUCAGAAAUUAAAACUUUUAACGGAUGAAAAUAUUAAAUUAUCAUUAGAAUUAAAAGAUACAAAUGAAAGCAUUAAACAUUUAAUAGAACAAAACAAAGCAAAAGGAUGGCAUUCAUAUGAAUGGACAAUCAACAAAGAUUUAAUCUAUUCAAAUGAUAGAGUAUUUCCAUUUAGUUGGAAAUCACCAGUAUUUAUAAUCAAUGAAACACCAUUUCAAAUUCAUUUGAUCAAUUAUGAAUUAAGUCUUCAUGCCAUUGGUCUAAGAGCUACAGAUACUGAAUUAAAAUAUAAAUUCCAAAUACAAAUACCUGGAACCUAUUGUUGCCUAACUGGAAACGAAAAAGGUACAGAGUUUAUCAACUACAUCAAAUUGAAAAACUCUCAAAUGUCUGGACUAUUUAUUAAAAAAGAGUUUUUAGAUAAAGGAAUCAUUAUCAUUAAAUUUAGAUGUAAAAUUGCAAAUAAUGGAUUUUAA